AGCAACUCGAUUCAGCGGCGGUCAUUUGAUCCGCGUCUGACUGACUUCUGUGCCAUCGUCGACAUUCGAGUGGCAAGUGUCAUCGGUGUGGACUCUGUGUCGGCAUUUUCGCAUCAUUUCGACCUGUGAUCUCUCGGCCAGUCGUCUCAGUUUUGAUCCGACGCGCAUUCAAAAACCAAGCCAAUAAUGUUCCACGAGUUCUCGUAAAAUGAUAUUCACAUAAAUUUUUUAGCAUACAACAAAUAAAUAAAAGCGAGAAAAUCGACAAACAAAUGUUUGGAUUUUUAAGGUGUCAAUUAAUUGAAGAUAUCUGAGUGCUCAUAAAAAGAUGCGUUUCAAUUUAACGCCAACACCAACAACAGCAACAACAAUGGGAACAACAACUGUGGCCUCGCCCACUGACACAUCGACACAGCCUCUGAAGAGGCCGCCAAUCGAAACAGAUCCCGAUUCAUUGGACAGUGUGAUCAGUAAUCCAAAGUCAUAUCCCAUCACCAUUGUGCCAAAUCGUCCCACCAGCUUUUAUGGCCUGAGCUCAACAAAUGGCAAAGCCUUCCAGCGUCAGCCUAGUUGCAGAUCUCGAAACUUUCGACCGGGCAGCAUGCGCCGGAUACGGAGAAGGGCUGUCUUCAAGAACGGCGACUGCAAUGUGGUACAAAAGCAUCUGCAAAGACGUCGUGUUCGAUUCCUUCAGGACAUGUACACAACCAUGGUGGACUGGCAAUGGCGUUGGACUUUGCUGGCAUUUGCUUUAAGUUUCAUACUCUCAUGGCUUUUCUUUGCUCUGAUUUGGUGGCUAAUUAUUUACACACAUGGUGAUCUGGAGGAAUUGCAUUUACCCGACAAUCAGGAGGAAUCUGGUUGGGCGCCUUGUGUCUCGGCAAUUGAUGGCUUCACUUCCUGCUUUUUAUUCUCCAUCGAGACGCAGCAUACAAUUGGCUACGGCGUGCGAACCACCUCACCCGAGUGUCCAGAGGCCAUUUUUAUGAUGUGCUUCCAGUCGAUCUAUGGCGUAAUGUCAUCGGCCUUUAUGGCUGGCAUUGUCUUUGCCAAAAUGACACGAGCCAAGCAACGUGCCCAGACAUUGCUCUUCUCCAAGCACGCCGUCAUAUGUCAGCGUGAUGGUUGCCUCUCGCUAAUGUUCCGAGUGGGGGAUAUGCGAAAGUCUCACAUUAUUGGUGCAGGAGUUCGUGCUCAGCUCAUACGCACCAGGAGCACGAAGGAGGGUGAAGUGAUGACGCAAUAUUUUACAGAGCUAGAGAUUGGCACUGAUGAUUCUGGCUCUGAUCUGUUCUUUAUUUGGCCCAUGGUCAUUGAACAUAAAAUCGAUGAGAACUCUCCGCUAUAUAAUAUGAAUGCCACCGAUAUGCUACAGGAUAAAUUCGAAAUUGUCGUGAUACUCGAAGGUACUGUGGAGUCGACGGGUCAGUCCACACAAGCCAGAUCGAGCUACAUUAACACAGAGAUUCUGUGGGGUCAUCGCUUUGAUCCUGUGGUGCUGUACAACAAGGACUUGCAGGCCUAUGAGAUUGAUUAUGGACGCUUCAAUGAGACAACACAAGUGGAUACGCCUCUGUGCAGUGCCCGGGAACUGAACGAGAUCUACAAAAUUCAAGAGGGUUUCCGCACACCAGCUUCCCCAUCGACCACAUCAUAUCAGCAUUCCAACAGUGACUCCAGCAGCCCAAGCCAUCAUUCCGGAUCUGGCUAUAGUCGACGCUGGCGCUGGCAACUAUCGCUGCCCUUGCACGGCAACACUUAACAAAAAAAACCUAAUUUUUGCUUACGAAUAUGUAGAAGUUAAUAAACGUUCGAGUCUUAUAGUUUA